AUGCACAGGUCUUCACUAGCGCGGCUCCAGACCAUAGACCCAGGGCUCCCUCCUCCUCUGUGGGCGGCCUCGGGACUCUUCGAAGCCGGGGAGAGCGCGCUGCAGGUCGGCUUCGAGAAGGCUCCUCACCCGCGGCCUGGCGCUCGCACGGACGGGGGCACAUGGAAGUCAAACACACGCAAGGCACCAGCAAAAGAAGACACGGAAAAGAAUGGGCGCUGGUGCUCCACGGAAAAGACGCCUCUGCUGCUCCGCGCGCUCAAGGCAGUUUUGAUUGACAGCACAGCUCCCCAACGCGCAACCAAUCAGCGGUGCUCUGGGGGGCGGAGCGAACGCGGAACGCUGCUCAAGCAAAUAUUCCCAGUCAGUCGCGGUCACUCGCAGUUACUUCGCGUGCAGGUUGGAAAGCAGCAGCAGCAGCAGCAGCAGAGAUCGCAGAGCACCACAACUACCACCACACUGGCUCUUCUAUGCGGAUAA